GGAUUAAUGAACCACCAUGCCUGGCCCGUAUUAUUUUUUUAUUUUGAGACAGGCUCUCACUACAUUGCCCAGGCUGGGCUUGAACUUGUGUUCCUCCUGCCUCAGCCUUCCAGAAUGUAUAUGAUCAUUUUUAUGGCUGGACAACCAGGGUUUGAUUGCCAGUCUCCUGAGCUGAAGUUUUUUUCCAGACCUGCUGGAGGCUGAGCUCAAUCUGAAGCACCCACUGCAAGGGUCCCACACUGGACAACUCAGCUCAGCUUAGGGUCCUGGCCAGGGUGCAGCAAGACCCUGCCCGAGGGAGCUUAGAGUAGGGUGUUGGGGUGUAGGGGCUCUGCAGAGAGCAGAGGGAGGCCAGGGCAUUAUCCUUACCUGGCGAGGCCUCCCUUCCUGCCUGGUGCUGGACACCCCUCCCCAGGGGCUAUAUUAGCCGAGUGAGUCACGGUGGCUGGCCAGGCGGGCACAGUGUAGGGUUACAGUCCAUUUAUGGGCGCAGCAAGGGCAGAUAUCUGUGUCGAUGGCAUUCGGUCCCGCUAUUCUUAGGAGCCUCCCAGCAGCUCUGCACAGCCCAGGCAGGGAGCGAGGGACACAGCAGAGGCAGCUGCUGUCAGCACCAGCAUGUCUUACAGCGUGACCCUGACUGGGCCUGGGCCCUGGGGUUUCCGUCUACAAGGGGGCAAGGACUUCAACAUGCCCCUCACCAUCUCUCGGAUCACCCCAGGCAGCAAGGCAGCCCAGUCCCAGCUCAGCCAGGGGGACCUGGUGGUGGCCAUUGAAGGCGUCAACACAGACACCAUGACCCACCUGGAGGCCCAGAACAAGAUCAAGUCCGCCAGCUACAACCUGAGCCUCACCCUGCAGAAGUCAAAGCGUCCCAUCACCAUCUCCACGGCGGCACCUCCAAUCCAGUCCCCGCUGCCGGUGAUCCCCCACCAGAAGGACCCCGCUCUGGACACCAACAGCAGCCUGGUGGCACCCAGCCCCGAGGCGAGGGCCAGCCCAGGCACCCCAGGCACCCUGGAGCUCAGGGGCACCCUUAGCGCCUCCUUCUCUCAGACUUCCGUCUGCUCCACACACAUGGAGGCCUCGGACCCCAGCCCUCUGUGGGCCAGCCCGGGGGCCACAGCCAGCCCAGAGGGGAAGCACGACCCUCGGGGCCUGAGACUCCUGGGGGGCCCAGGCCAGCCAAGGCAAUAUAACACCCCCAUUGGCCUGUACUCAGCAGAGAGCCUGCGGGAGAUGGCUCAGAGCUACCGGCUGAACCUCCGAGGGCAGCCCUCGGGUGCCGGACUCCCAGGAGGGAGCCUUCCCAUGAAAGACCUGGCGGUGGACAGUGCCUCCCCGGUGUACCAGGCCGUGAUCAAGAACCAGAGCAAGCCCGAGGAUGAGGCUGACGAGUGGGCCCGCCGCUCCUCCAACCUGCAGUCUCGCUCCUUCCGCAUCCUGGCCCAGAUGACGGGGACGGAAUACAUGCAAGACCCUGACGAAGAGGCUCUGCGAAGGUCAAGCACCCCCAUUGAGCAUGCUCCGGUGUGCACCAGCCAGGCCGCCUCCCCGCUGCUGCCCGCUUCUGCCCAGCUGCCUGCUGCCGCCUCUCCCAGCGCAGCCUCGCCACCCCCAGCCACAGCUGCUGCCCAUGCUGCCACCGCCUCCGCUGCAGCCCCCACCUCGAGCCCCUCGGACAGCCCAAGGCCCCAGACCUCUGCCUACAGCUCCGCAGCAGCCACCUCUCCAGCCCCAGCCGCCCACACCAGCUACAGCGAAGGUCCAGCCGCCCCUGCACCUAAGCCCCGGGUUGUCACUACAGCCAGCAUCCGGCCUUCCGUCUACCAGCCAGUGCCUACAUCUACCUACAGCCCAGCCCUGGGGGCCAAUUACAGUCCAGCUCCCUACACCCCCUCCCCUGCUCCCACCUACACCCCUUCCCCCGCUCCCACCUACACCCCUUCACCUGCUCCCACCUACACCCCUUCUUCACCUGCUCCCAGCUACAACCCCACACCCUCGACAGCCUAUAGUGGUGGCCCAGCGGAGUCUGCCAGCCUCCCCCCGUGGGUGACAGAUGACGGCUUUUCUCAGAAGUUUGCUCCCAACAAAAGCACCACUUCCAUCAGCAAGCAGAACCUGCCACGGGGAGCCCCAGGCUACACCCCAGGGGCUCCCUCGGUCCCCACCCUGGCCAGGGGCACUGUGCAGAGAGCCGAGCGCUUCCCAGCCAGCAGCAGGACUCCACUGUGCGGCCACUGCAACAGUGUCAUCCGGGGCCCUUUCCUGGUGGCCAUGGGCCGCUCCUGGCACCCAGAAGAGUUUAACUGUGCCUACUGCAAGACCUCGCUGGCAGACAUGUGCUUUGUGGAGGAGCAGAACAACGUGUACUGUGAGAGGUGUUACAAGCAGUUCUUUGCCCCGAUGUGCGCCAAGUGCAACACCAAGAUCAUGGGGGAAGUGAUGCACGCCCUGAGACAGACGUGGCACACCACCUGCUUCGUGUGCGCAGCCUGCAAGAAGCCUUUCGGGAACAACCUCUUCCACAUGGAGGACGGGGAGCCCUACUGUGAGAAAGACUACGUCAACCUGUUCAGCACCAAGUGUCAUGGCUGCGAUUUCCCUGUGGAGGCCGGGGACAAGUUCAUCGAAGCCCUGGGGCACACCUGGCAUGACACCUGCUUCAUUUGUGCGGUAUGUGUACAGUGAUCCAGAGAGGAGCAC